CACUAACAUCGUCAAGCCAUAUAAAUUUUCAUCUACCGGUAGUUUUUUUUGUAAGUUUUUAAAUUCAAAAUGAUUAGUAGUGAUGUGAUACUACCUAUGCAUAAGAAGGAUUUGCUUCCGCCAAAUCGUCGAGAUCGAAGUCUUUUUAUAUUUAUGGUAGUUGGAAUUCCUUUCGCUGUUUUAUGGGAAGGCUGCGUGGUUCUUCCUAAUUACCACACCCACUUCUCCACAAUUGUACUCAUUCACUUUCUCGCUUCCUGCUUCAUAGUAUUUAAUAUCUUUGGUAACAUGUAUCUUCUUAAACGGGUUGAUGCAUCUGGCAAACAAAAAUCUUUGCCAGCGAUUCUGAAACAAGAAUGGCGUUACUGUCAUUUGUGCGAGUUAAAUUCGCCUCCUAGGUCUUACCACUGUCCAAUUUGUAACGAAUGCAUACUUAAGCGUGAUCAUCACUGCAUGUUUGUUGGUUGUUGUGUUGGUUAUCACAACCAGAGAUACUACUUAUUGACAAUUUUAUAUAUUUGGAUUGGAGCCAUAUAUGGAGUUUCUUAUCAGUGGGACUAUUGUUUUCAGCACCUUGGUGGGUUAAGACCUGGGUCUGUUCUUAUACUGAUAGCACCACAUUUUGCAUGGGUUUUUGGUGCGGUCUCAUCCUUUGGAUUCCUGGUUGCUGUUCUUCACACUUUAGGAAUAGUUGUCUUAGUUGUAACUAGUUAUCUUCUUUUGAUACAACUGCUGGUUAUACUCUAUGGACAGACACAGUAUGAAAGGAAACACAAUAUAGAAUCCUAUAACCUUGGUUUUAAAUGCAACCUAUUGGAUGUUCUUGGAACAAGAUGGUACUUUGUCUGGCUUUUUCCUUGGAUACCUUCAACCCAGAAUGGUGAUGGCCUACAUUUCUUUAAUGUCAGUGAUUUGGAAAAUGUGAAAAACAUCUAACCUACUCAUAAUUUUCUGAUUGAAGAUUGUAUGAACAAUUGUUUAUCAGGGGAUUGCAAAACAGUAUUUUGCUUUCAUACUUUUUUUUUAUAAAAUUUAUUGGGAAGGUACUGUAAUGUUUAAAUUAAAAGAAAAAGUAGUAUAUGUUAUCCUAAAAGAAAUAUUGAUUAUUCCAAUUUUCAUAUUCAUUAAGCUGUUAUUAAGCCUUCCUGUUUGAUCAUUGGACCCCAAAACAAAUGCAGGGUAAAAAAUAUGUAAGAAAUGUAUUUCAUGAAUUAAUAACAGAAAAAUAAAAUGUAUAUCAGUAAUUAAGAACAUUUCUUUAAAAUUAGAUCAUACUUUCUAAGAAGUUUUUGACAACAUUUUUUUUAUUACAAAUGCAGCUCCAUGUAUAAAAGCUCAUUAUUUGUUUAUGGGCAAUGUGUAUGGCAUAAUAUAUGUACACAAAUGUAUAAACAUACACUAUUAAAAGCAAUUGAGAGAUAUAAUCCAAGUUUCUAUAUCCUGGCUAUUACAAGACCCAUUUGGUGGUAUUAAGUAAUAUCAAUGGUACCACUGAAUUCAUUUUUAUGUAAACCAAGUGUCAGGUGGCCAGUCAUAUGAUCUAACAUUCAUAUUUUAGUUGCAUAUGAAAGUGAAGGAAUAAUGUUUCUCAGUCAGUUAAUAGUGACAGCUGGAGAAAGAGUCUAGAUUGACAAUGAAGCGUAUCAUGAACUCAACAAAGACAUUUGGACAUUUCCAUGAUGUUGAGUACAAUAGGUUGACUAAAAGUUGGUCAACCACAAGUCUUUGCAGAAUGGCUACAAGUCUGACAAAGUAUGGUUAGCAGGAGAUGAAUUUGUCUUUAGACCACAGAUAUGGUUGGUUGGAGACCUGAACAAGACAGACCAUUGUCAACAAUUCCACAUGAUGAUUGGGCUUGAAGCAACCAGUGUGCUUCAGCGAAUCAACUGUUCAAAACAGCAAGUGGAUGAUAAAUCAGCAGGCAUAUGGUUAGAAACAGGUUUCAUAAUGGUUAUCCUUUAUGCCAGAUGAUUCAUCUAACUUGUGUUCCAAGACAACCCAUCUUCAACAUUGUCAAGGCUAUGGAUUGGUCAACUGAGAAGUGGGCAAAUGUUGUGGAGAUGGUUCCUUUACUUUACCUUGGCACACAUUUCGAUUUAAACCAUUCAUCUUAAAGAUUGAAAGGAUUUCAGAGCUGAAUGUAAUCAGGGGUGUUCAGAAAAUGUGUUUGGCUUUGCCCUGCUUGUGUUUUUUUUGGGAGGCUUAACUUGAAAAGACAUGAAAAAAAGAAAAAUUAAAGUAAACAGCGAAGAUUUGAUUUGGCAGCAAGCAAAAGGUGUUGAGAAUACCAAGGAAGGUCAGAACAAAAUCUAACAUGAAAACAAAAAAGAGGCAAUAUGGGACUUAUGGUCUUUCAGGGCAGUGGGGGGAAUCUAUAGAUCCAAUGCCUAGAAUUAGAUGUGGGAGGAAAGGGGAGAACCCAGAGAAAACCCACUUUCACUAGCUGAUGCCAAUAAUUGCCAGUUAGUGCCCCAUAAGGCUUUACAGAUUUGAAGAAGGAAGGAAACAGUGGCUAAAGGGUUAAUGUUUCACAAACUCAUUCCUGGUAUACAGAUUUUUGAAACAAUGUUUAUGAUAAAUAUUGACAUGGGGUGAACUUUCAUCAUCACUGGACAGGGGUUGGCAGAAAAAGGAGAGCUGGAUACUUGGCUUAACUGUAGUGUUGUCUGUUCUCGGUGAAUAGAAAGAUGGGAAUGGGUGUAAUUGUCGAAGGACACUGGUCGACGAGGGGGAUGGUUAUGGCCACACCGACCUUUAUGUACAAUAGCAUAACACUUUGAGUGCCAUAAAACUUAGAGAUGUAGUCUUACAGCCAUUAGCAUUACCAUAUAUAGGUGCAUUCAUUUAGAACUUUUGUCUAAUGGAUGGUAACAUGCAUACCCAUCAUGCUCAACUGUUUAGCAAGUUCCUAGAAAUAAGGGAAUUGAGCUAAGGGACUGGCCAGCACACUUAUUGUGCUUGAGUAUUAUUAGGCAUGUAUGAGUUUCUCUAGAAAGACACUAGGUAACAUGUGAUUCACCUCCAAGCGGUGUUAAUUAACUGAAAGCAAUUCUGAUGAAGAGUGAGCCAUAUUACUUUAGUAGCUAUUUGAUUCACUCAGUUUGAGCUUGCUACAUCAAUAUAUGCAUUAGAUUAGUAUCUGAUGUGAACCUAUGCUUUUCUAACAAUUUUUCUGAUCAUUUAUUAGGAUUUAAAGUCUUUAGUACCAAAUGAGCAUUUGAAACAUGGACUCUUGUAAUAGACACUUGCAUAUCAUCCACAUGAUUGUCUGACAAUUUGCAUAAAAAUAAACUCAGCAAUGCUAUUGACAAUGGUUAAUAGCAAUAGUUGUGCCUUAUAGCCAGAAUAUAAAUAAAACUUAUCAUCCCUUGAUUAUUUUAGCAGUAUUGUUUUUGACGAAGAAAACUUCAAAUUUAAGUAGAAACAAAUAAGCUUGUAACAAAUUGUAAAGAUACACUUUGGAUUCUUGUUUGUUUUCUAGUCAGUUUAAUAAGUGUGAUGCUAUGAAAUACAUGUAUUCUAAAUGUUGAUGACAUUUUUUUUUAAGCAUGAUUUUUGUAAAUGUUGUAAUUGGUUUCAUAAGUUUUGCAAUAUUCCUUAUUGUGAUCCUUUGUGUAUUGAGUUUUUCAUAUCUUGUAUCUACACAGUGUGCAACUAUAUAUAGUUUAUGGUUUACCUUUAGUUAUUUUAGCCAUCAUCUGCCUGUAGUCUUCACUCUCAUAAA